GUGUGUGUGGGCGCGGGUGACAUGGCGCGGGCAGAGCACCUGGUGCGCCUGGCGCAGGCGGCGGGGGGAGCAGCGGCGCCCAACUGCCGGGUGCUCACAGUGAUGGCGCGCGGCUACUGCCAGGCGGGGCAGCGCCGACAGGCCUAUGCGCUGCUGCAGGAGAUGGAGCAGAGGGGGCCGGCACCGGACGCGGCGGUGUACCACGUGGUGAUGGAGGGCGAGCGCCAUGCGGAGGCCGUCACCGCGCUGCUGGCCGCCAUGGCGCGCUGCCACGUGCCGCCCACCGAGAGGACCUUCAGCCCCUCUCACGUCAAUGAAGCCCCUCUCACGUCCUUCACUAACGCCCACCACCCACUCAACGCGCUCGCCUCCCCUCGGUGCCCCUGUGGCGAUGGCGUGUAUGGGCCGAGCGGGGGACGUGGCGGCAGCAGAGGCACUGUGGCGCCACAUGACGGCCGCCCACAUACCCCCCUCGCCCUUCGCCUUCUGUGCCCUCGCCCAUGCAUGAAUCCACCAUACCUCGUUACCACCCACUGUCCACCAUGCGUGGCAGUGUAUGGGCAGGCUGGCAUGGUGGAGAGGUGUGCGGGCGUGGUGCAGCAGAUGGAGAGAAGCCUGGGGCACAAGGGCAGAUGGCAGGCACGCCGCACGGCGACGAGGGCAGAGAGUGCUGCCCUCAGAGACUCGCCCGAUUGGUCCCCCUUAGCUGGCGCCCAAGGGGCAGACAGGGGGGAGGGGGGAAUGAUGGGCGCAGGGGAGGAGAUGGGGGAGGUGGGCGGCAUGGCAGGAGGGGCGGAGAGUGGUGGGGAUGAUGGUGUUGGGAGGGGGAGUGGAGAUGAGGGAAUAAAGAGGCGAGGGCGAGGGAGAAGGUUGCAUGCGGCAGGAGUGGAGGAGGAGAGGGACAGCGGGGGAGGGGGAGGGCAGUACAGCGAGCGGAUGGCAACGGCCAGGGGAGGCACACAAGCAACUAACAGGACAUUGCUGACGUCAGCACACAACAUUCUGAUUGGCGCCCAUGCUGGACGUGGUGAUGCCGAGGCGGCCGUGGCGGUGCUGCGAGGGAUGCGACGCAGAGGGCUGCACCCGUGCAUGCGCAGCUUCAACGCAGCAGCGCAUGCGUGCAUGAGGGCGAGGCGGGUGGAGCGAGCCGAGCGCCUGCUGGGGGAGGCGCAGCGCCGCGGCCUGCCUCCCACCGCUGCCACCUUCGCCCUCCUCAUUCAAGCAGCUGGGCACAUGCGGCGGGCGGGCAUGGUGGAGGCAGCGCUGCACCGCAUGGCGCUCGCCGGCUGCCCACAUGAUGCCGUGACGUACCGCAGUGCGGUGUACGCGUGGGUGCGGUGUGGCGAGGGCGGGCGGGCACUGGAGGUGCUGCAGGAGAUGGUGGCGGCGGGCCACCCGCCUGCCAUGACCGUUCCGGACGUGCUGAUCAAGAGUGUGGACAGCGCGUUGCUGCUCGAGUGCACGCGGGCAGCACCUGACGGCAACUUGAAGAAUUUCCUGCGAGAGAUGAGAAGCGCCGGGCUCACCCCCACCGCGUCCACCUCAGCACACCUCGUGCAGCUCCUCGCCUCCUCGCACUCACCCGCCCAAGCGCUCGAUGCUGCCCACGAGCUGGCAGCAGCUGGGGUGGGCCAGCUGGGAGACGCCACGUGGCAUGCAAUAGGGCAGGCUGUGUGGCACAUGUCUCACCGCAAACCCCACGAGGCCGCCCUCGCAGCCCAGCGCCUGCUGCCCGCCGUGGAGGCUGAUGGCUGCCCUGUGACCAGGGAGCUGUACGAGGUGGCCAUUGCAGUGCACGUGCGCAGCGGCCACGGCACCACCGCCCUGCACCUGCACCGCCUCAUGGACGCCGCCCAUCCCGCCGCCCCUGCCGCCCAUCCUGCCGCCCCUGCCGCCCACCCCACCGCCCAUGCCACCCAGCCUGCCGCCCAUGCAACCCAGCCUGCCCGUGAGGAUGGUACCCGGCCUGCCCCGCAGGAUGGCCUCCAGGAGGCCUCGCGUGGUGCUGCCCGCGCAGCACAGGGGGACGCCACGCCCCCGGCAGCACAGGGGGAAGCCACGCCCCCAACACAGAGGGGUUGGGAAGAGACAGGGGAGGCGUUGGAAGAAGCAUUACUAUUGGAGGGGGUUGGGGAUGGGCAAGGACGUGGGGAGGCGUGGAGUGGAGUGGCAGGGCGAGUUGCGGAUGGGCACAGCAUUGACGGCAGCACGGCUCCUAUGCACUGUGUCGAGCCCAGCCCGCGCAGCAGCAGCGACAAUGACAGCAUAUACACGAGUGAGGGGGACAUGAGCAGCAGGGAGGGCGGCAUGAGCAGCAGCGAGGAAGCUUCCUCCGAGCUCACGUUUCUGGAAGCCAUUGAUGCCGCGCUCACGCACGCCCUGGCUGAGGACAUUGCACGCGCCUCCUCUGCUGCGCCGCCACACGCCGCCUGCACCAGCACUGGCAGCAGCAUGGACGGAGGCGUGGGGAGGGGCGUGGCACAUGGAGGGCACGGCAGUGGCCGCUGCGACAGAGUGGAGAGGGAGAGAGGAGCAGGGGAGGGGAGUGAAUGCAGGGAGGUGGGGCGCAUGGACGGCCAGGCGGGUGGCAGUAGUCGAUGGGAGGAGGGAGUGGCAGAGAGGGUGGCGAACCAGGCUGAUGCGGGUGGCGUUUCGGGAUUGGUUGCUGACCUGGCAGCCUCUGGCAUUCGGGUGAAACCACGCGCCGUGCAGAGUGCCAUCCGCCAGCUGCUGCUGCACGACGACUGCCACGCCGCCCUCACCGCCGCUGCUGCACCUCCCGCCCGCCCCACCCACCCCGCUGCACCCACUGCCACGGCCAUCGCCAUCCGCCGGCCCGCAGCAAGCAGCGAGGCAGCAGGGCGAGUGGGCGAGGUGGAGCGGGCAGAGGCGAGUGAGGAGGAGGUAGGCAGCGGUGGUGGGGGCAGCGAUGCAGAGGCGGUGCCGUGGCUGGAGCGCGCCAUCAGCCUCGUGGAUGCUCUGCCGCGCCUGGUGGGUCAUGCCAUGCCUUUCGCCCAGCAGCCAACGGCCUAUGUGUAUGCGGAGCUGCUGCGAGCGUGUGUGCGCAAGCGGCAGUGGAGGCGGGGGGAGCAGCUGUGGCAGCAGAUGGGGGCAGCGGGCGUGCAGGCGGAUGUGCCGUGCUGGUUGGCCCGCCUGCGCUGCCUGGGGGCUCUCAGCCGCGUCGCAGGCGCAUCGCACGCGCUGGUGGCGGAGGCGGCAGCAGCGGGCACGGCCAUGGAGAGACACCCUGACCUGCUGCGCAGUGCACUGCUGAGGGAGUGCCAGCGGGCCAAUGACAGUGACGGGGCAGCCUUUGUGCGCAACAUGCUCGCCAUGUCCCAGCGACACUCCUAA